GGAGGCACUCCGCAAUAUAAAAUCUGCAGGGGCUUGGAGAGAAGGGACCGCUCCAAAUCACAUAUUUUCACCUCACAGCAAGUCUGAAGAAAGGGAAAUCAAAUACAUGUGAUCAAAUCACCGGCCGGACCGGGAUAGAGAUUUAAGGUUAUAAAGAUCGGGUUGAAAUGAACGAAGGAUGGACUCUCCAUUGCUUCCAUCGCUAGUGCCCAUUCUAGAACAGCGAGUGCGUGCAGCAAAGAAAAUUGGAUGCUGAGCUGAGUCGCGCGCGGUGACACUGAUUAUAUCAACAAAACGAGGAAAGCAGAAUAAUUGCGCUGUUUUAGAAUGCUGCAUCGAGAACAAAUUAAAUAAAUAGCAGCCUAUGUGAAAUAUAUAAUCAACAACAAUGGAGUUUGAGACUUGAGGUUGCUGCAUUUGCUAAGGUCUUGCUUCGUCGCUGGCCCUGACUGAUCAACAGUCCCGGGGUUCUUCCUGUUCCCCUGACCAGAGCUCCCCAUGGCCUGUAUCACAGAGUCCCGCGCCCCGUCCCCCUCUCUCUCCGGGUUCAACACCCCCCUCUCAGAACACACCCCUACCUUCCGGGGCCGGCUGGACGAGACACCCGCCUGCACCCCUGAGAUGGAUCUGACCCCCACCCAGUGUGUCCUACGGAACGUACUAUCUAUAGACACCGGGGGUGCCCCAGAGCCCGACGGCGGGGGAGGUGGAGGUCAUAAUGGUGAACACACCUGUGGGGGCCACAGCCCCACGCCUAGCGAGGAGCAGCAGGAGCACUUUGCCAACAGUGUGCUGAAGCUCCAUGAGAACGGGGAGGGAGGGGGUAGGAUGGAGGGAGAGGGCCAUGAUGCGGAGGGAGGAGCGGUGCGGAGCCAGGCUGAGGAUGUGAGGCUGCUGUCGGGAGGAAGUGGAGGGUUUCUGGAGGGACUGUUUGGGUGUCUGAAGCCGGUAUGGACCAUGAUCGGAAAGGCCUACUCCACCGAACACAAACACAACCUGGAAGAGCUCUGGGAGGUGCCGUUUGAGGACAUCUCUGAGCUGCAGUGGGUAGGGAGCGGGGCCCAGGGGGCCGUCUUCCUGGGUAAACUCCACGGACAGGAAGUAGCUGUGAAGAAGGUUCGAGACAUCAAGGAGACAGACAUCAGACAUCUGAGAAAACUCAAACACCCCAACAUCAUCACCUUCAAGGGUAUCUGCACCCAGGCCCCGUGUUACUGUAUCCUGAUGGAGUACUGUGCCCAGGGCCAGCUGUACGAGGUGCUGAGGGCGGGUAGGAACAUCACCCCCUCCCUGCUCAUCGACUGGGCCAUGGGCAUGGCUGGAGGCAUGAACUACCUCCACCUCCACAAGAUCAUCCACAGAGACCUCAAGUCGCCCAAUAUGUUGAUCACCUAUGAUGAUGCAGUGAAAAUCUCUGACUUCGGGACGUCUAAGGAGAUGAGUGAUAAGAGCACCAAGAUGUCGUUCGCCGGUACGGUGGCCUGGAUGGCCCCAGAGGUGAUCAGGAACGAACCUGUAUCAGAGAAGGUCGACAUCUGGUCGUUUGGUGUGGUGCUAUGGGAGAUGUUGACCGGAGAGGUACCGUAUAAAGACGUGGACUCCUCAGCCAUCAUCUGGGGGGUGGGAAACAAUAGCCUGAACCUACCUGUCCCAGAGAGCUGCCCAGACGGAUUCAAGAUACUGCUGAGACAGUGCUGGAGCAGUAAGCCCAGGAACAGACCUUCAUUCAGACAGAUCCUCCUGCACCUGGACAUCGCCUCCGCUGACCUGCUGUCUACCCCACAGGAGACAUACUUCAAAUCUCAGGCAGAGUGGCGUGAGGAGGUGAAGCAACACUUUGAGAAGAUCAAGUCAGAGGGGACGUGUAUACACAGACUGGACGAGGAGAUGAUUAUACGACGCAAGGAGGAGCUCAGACAUGCCCUGGAUAUACGCGAGCACUAUGAGAGGAAGCUGGAGAGAGCCAACAACCUCUACAUGGAGCUCAACGCCGUUAUGCUACAGCUGGAACUCAAGGAGAAGGAGUUACUCAAGAGGGAGCAGUCACUGGAUAAGAAGUACCCAGGAUGCAUCAAACACCACAGCUCCAGACAGGAACGCUCGUCCAACUCCAUGGAGAAGCUCAUCAAGAAACGCAACGUACCUCAGAAACUUCCCGCGCACAGCAAGAGUAGACCAGACCUGUUAAAGUCAGAGGUGAUCCUUCCCAAGCUGGACUCCUCCAUGACUCAGGUGACCAUCCCCUCAUGCCCCCAGAAGGGAUCCACGUCCCCGGGGAGGUCACGUCGGGCCAAGCCCCGCUACAGGAAGGCAGGGAAGGGCAGCAGUGGAGACCUAGCUGGGCUGAAGGCUGCGUUAUCGUCCACACUGGGCCUGGCUAAUACUACGUCUCUGACCACCUCCACACCCAGCAGCAAGCAGCAUCUGGACCCCAGCGCAGCUCUGAGAGGUCUCCAGCAUGAUCUGCUGCUGAAGAAGAUGUCCUCGUCCAGUCCAGACCUCAUCUCUACCACCAUGGAGGCAGAGGGUCGCCGCAGGGGACUGGAGAGACCUGGUCUGGAGAGAGGGGGUAGCCAGAGCGCCUCCGCAGGCCUAGGAGGAGGUGGAGGAGGAGGUGGUGGAGGAGGGACGGAGGAUGGAGGGGUGGGGACAGAUGACCAGACAGAGACCCCACCGCGUAGCAACACUCCCAGCGAGGACGCGGCCUCCAUACCGUUCUCCAGCAGCCCAGACUCCCCCUGUGGGAGGGGGGCAGCGGCAGGGAGGGGGUCGGUGCUGGGAGGCCCAGGAAGGUUACUUCAGGACGGGGAGGACAAGGAGGAGUGCACAGGGAUCAUCAGGUCACCCAGGAGCCAACACCUCACACCUGCAGCCCUGCUCUACCGGAAACAAGUCACACGCAAACAGAGACGUGGUGUGUCCUCAGAGGAAGAGGAGGGAGAGGUGGACAGUGAGGUGGAGUUACCACGGAGACGUCGACCGGUAAGCAUAACCAAGUGCCAGUCCCUGUCCACCUUCAGCUCUGAGAACCUGUCUGCCGUGUCCGUGUCGGACGGAGAGGAGGGCAACACCAGUGACCACUCCCACAGCGGCACGCCGGACGUGGUCAGUACCAACACAGACGAGCGGCUGGACGACAAGAGCGACGACCUUCUGUCCCAGGGGUCGGAGAUCCCUGCCGACCCCGCCCUCGACCCGGCCGACGGUUUAUCAGAGAAGGAGGCCGCCAUACGCCAGGUCAAGACCCAGCUCAACACGGGGCAGAACUAUGAGGGCCUGUAUGAUGACUCUGACUGUGACAGUGCAGAGCUGGACCACUCAGGCUGCACAGAGCCCCAGCACCAUAGGCCCCCCAGCACCAACUGGUGAGGAGACCAGAUGCAGAUCUUAGCCCCACUCCCAAACUCUACUCCCCAGCCCUACUCCCCCAGCCCUACUCCCCCAGCCCGACUCCCCCAGCCCGACUCCCCCAGCCCUACUCCCCCAGCCCUACUCCCCAUCCCUA